GCCGUAAAUGAGAAAAUUAGAAUGUCGCCGGGAACGGAACAGCCGUAAAGGAAAGCCAGGCGCAGGAAAGGCAACAGAACAGCACGCCCUGUCCUCUCAGCUCAGAACGACUGUCUUAUCUCAAAACCCUAACUCUAUCGCUUCUGCUGAUUAUCCCUUGUUUGUAUUUUUCACGAAUUUACAGUAUAAUGUCUCACUCCGUGGCCCUCAGAAAACAAGGUGAUCACCAGCCCGAUGAUGGCUCCUCUGCCACUAAGCUGUCUCGUCUUAAAAUUGGGAUACCUUCUGAGGACGCCGAUAAGAAGUUAUCAUCUCUGGAUGUUGCAGAAUGCAAAUAAGAGAGUUAAAGAUGUUGAAAUUUGUGUUCCAAUUGUAUAUGGUACUAUUGCUUUCUACCUGGGCCGGAAGGCUAGUGAGUCUCAAUCGCAUAAGUGGACGGUCUAUGUACGCGGGGCAUCCAACGAAGAUCUUGGGGCGGUCAUUAAGCGGGUUGUAUUUCAAUUGCAUCCUAGUUUUAACAACCCUAGGAGGGCUGUUGAUUCACCGCCAUUCGAAUUAUCGGAAUGCGGCUGGGGUGAAUUUGAAAUCGCCAUAACCCUCUUUUUUCACAAUGAUGUCUGUGAUAAACCGUUGGAUUUGUACCACCAUUUGAAAUUAUAUCCUGAGGAUGAAUCGGGCCCCCAGUCCACCAAGAAACCUGUUGUUGUAGAAUCUUAUAAUGAGAUUGUUUUUCCUGAUCCCUAUGAGGCUUUUCUGGCACGUGUGCGGAAUCAUCCUGCGGUUAUUGUGCCUAGGCUUCCUGCCAGUGUUAAUCUACCGAGUCCUGUUCCAGUUGAGAGUGUCAAUGAAAAGGGCAGAGCUGAUACCAAAGACCAUCACCUAAGCCAGUGGUUCAUGAAUUUUUCAGAGGCUGAUGAGCUCUUAAAGCUUGCAGCGGCACGCCAGGAGGUGCAAGCUCACAUUGUUAAGCUGAGAAGACAGUUGAGCUUGAUGGAGGGUUCGACUCCGAUGUCAAAACCAGCCUCUGGUUAUGAUUUAUGAAUGUACAUGAUUUUUGUUUAUAUUUGUGAAAUUAAUUUCUUCUAAUAGUUGCAAUACUGAAUAUUGGUCCUGCAUGGUCAUCUCUGUAAAUAAGCAUAUCAUCUCAACACGAAAGCCUCCUUGUAGGUAGGUCGAGUUGAAUCUUUCGAUUUGUGUAAGGCAAGAGAUUGCUCUUAUAAUUUCUCUGGGAAGUGAGUUGUACGUGGUAGUUGCGCAGCAUAAUAGAUUAUCUUGUUUGAUUUA